GCUCCGUCCACCACAAAGAUAAUAUGAUGUUCAUGGGAAUAGGAAUUUCAAUUCUUGCGAACCAGUGAGUCAGUAUUGAGUAUUCGCAGGAAAAUGUGGCGAUCUUCAUUCAUCAAGAGCGUGAUUAUGAUGAGUAAGACUGUCGCACGAUCCUAGAUCCAUCAGCCGAAAAUGAGGGGCUUCUUACAAAUUGCGGCAGCGGUAUUCCUCACGUUGACCACUGGAGGCACUCCUGCGGAGAGGGGGAACGAGACGGCUUUUACGGAAUUAUCUUCGUUGAACUCUGCCACAAACAACGCUUGGGUUCCAAGCUAUCAGAAAGGAUUUAUUGGUUCUUUGUCCCUGAAGCCGCACAGUAUCUACCGUAUAAAGUCGAUCUCCAAGAGGCGUGAGCACGCCACUCCUGCAUUGACGGACCACAAGCUGCCAGUAGGCGGAUGCGGCGUACUAGUAGGGGUCCCGUGUGAAACUGAUGAUCAUGACAGUGAGGUGCCGCUGAUACGGUUUGCGUGGACUCUGGAUAAAAAGACCGGGACAUUCUUGCGAGCUGAUGUGGAGUCGAUGCAGGGUGCUGGAGAGCACGAUGUCUGGAAUACAGGCGGCGAGCUGACUGUCUAUACAGGCGAAAAGGUGACACGGGUAUUGAGACUUCGAAUGUUUAUUGCAAGCUACAUAACUUCGUAGAUGAUCUGGUACUUCAACUCCAAGCAUGAUCAUGAUGUCGAAGAUAACCGCAAUGAAAUAACACAAAUAAAAUCUCGCGGCACACCACACCACUCAUCAGGGGAACUUUGAAGAGAUGGGCCCGCACAAUGCUAACGCAGCUAAUUGGUUUGUGGUAUCCACAAGUAAGGAGCCGGCGCGCCGGUCGCCGAUCGCUCUCCAACCCACGAUCGAUGAGGGAAAUGACGAGCCUAGCUUCCAAAUCCAGUUUGUCUUUAAGACAGAAAUCUUGAUCCGUCUAAUUGGGAGUCGUGACCUGCCACAUUCCGGCGCCAGCCAUUUGUUGCUAGUGUGUUUCACGGCUAAACCAAAACAAAGUCUCGCUAGAAGAAUGAAAUGACGUGAGAAAGGCAGUAUUUAUAUAUGAUCCAGGGCGCAGGGUGACGGUAGGGGGGGCACCGUGCCGCCCCGGGCCCCUUCUUAAGGCGUCUGCCGGGGGUGGAAGGCCUCAAAAGGGGGCCAAGUGACCUCUCCCGCCCCCUUCCAGCUGCCUGGCUGUUCCUUACAGGCCUCCGAUAUGCUUCGCCGCCGCAGCAGUGCGCCGGUGUCGGAAGUCUCUGAAGGCGGCAAAAGGCGAGGGGCUGGACCCCCUGAGCCGUGCGGCCUGUACCCUCCGGGCCCUUGGUCAUCGGCUUGCUCGCUCUUGCGACCGUGGCCGCCUUCGGCGGCCUUUUGCCCUGGAGGCCUCCCGCCUGCGAGGGUCAGCAGAGGCAAGGAGGCCCCCGAGGAACACGCAGAGAGGCGCAGCGGACCGCCUGCGCCAAGUUUUGACGCCUUCCGCCACUAGGAUCCGCGAAAGUCAGCGCGGAAAAGCGCGCGCGCCACCGCAGACCAUACCACAGAAAACACGGAGAGACGACACAGGGACGCAUGGCCCUGCUCCUUGUGGAUGGCCUUGCGGUGGCGCUUGCGGGUUCCUUUCCGCGCUGCUUUUCGCGGGCCCUCGGGGUGAAAGGCGUCAAAGCUGGGCGCGGGCGUCCCCUUGUGCCUCUCGGCAUGUUCUCAGGGGGCCUCUUGGCUUCUGCUGACUGUCACAGGCUGCAGGCCUCCGGGGUAGAAGGCCGCUUAUGGAGACCGUUCACCUAUGAAAUCGCCGCGGAUUUUGUCACCUGAUUGCCCCUAAAUUGGAAACUUGUGGAAGUUGUGGCCCUUACUGUGACUAGUUUCAGAAUUGCUGUGACUGGUCUCGGCCUUAUUGUGACUAUUCGGGAAAUUACUGUGAUGAGUCGCAGUUUUACUGUGAAUAGCCGCCUAUCUUAUUAUAAUAGAAAAUCCUUAAAGAUUUUCGUUUCCUUAAGGAAGCCUCCUUAAGGAAAGGGACGCUUCUCUUGAUAAGGAAAUGGGGCCGAUUGCUAAAAAUGCUAAUACUAUAAGUAUUAAUAUCCGCGACCUUGUCCUUAACCUUAUGUUCAUGCUCAUCUAAUCAUGCCGAGUAUGAUGGCGCCUUGCGUGGUGCUGCACCAGGACACGAGUCGUGGAUCUCAAGCCUUGAGCUCACGCCAAUCCUGGAGCCACUGAGUGACUAUUAUUUAAAGCUCAGUCCCGGUCUCACGCUACAUGAUAUCGCCUGGAGCCUUUUAGGCAACGACGGCAAUUCAGCUUAAGCAAAUGGAAUUCAAGUCCAUCCCUCAUCAUCAAGGUCUUCUUUGGUAAGGAACCGUAGCAAGCUUGUCGCUUUUCAAUAGCUGAGGAAAAAAGCUUUCAGCGUCUGGGUGUACGUUCAUCUGAGUAACGUCUGCCGUUUCUUUUCGGAUCUCGUUCACUAGUCUAUAGCGACGCGCAACUCUCCUCCACCCACUAGAAUCCUCCACCUCCUUAUCGCCCCUCCCUCCGUAAAGUGCGCCGUCUUCGUCCUCUUCAGCAGUGCCGCCUUAGCGGGGUCGACCUGCUGCAGGGGGGCUUGGGCGUGUGCCUCUUGGUGUUAUUUAUGAGGGGGAAGAUUUUAGGGGUAGGGCUUGAAUCUUGGAGAGAUUGUGAACCAGGUGAGGACUUAUCGGGCGUUGGAGAUGCAUGCGCCCACAUUAGCGCUCAACGCGUUGGGGAGCGAGCCACCUGCCCGGGGUCAGUCUGUAUCAUUACCGACGCCCCAAACUCAAGGAUUUCGCUCGAAUUUUUUUAAAUUUUUGCGACAUUUGUCAAAGUCAAAAACUUUGCGCUCUGGGCAAAUCUUUUUGGCUGCGGUGCAAGGCUUUUGGCUUUAUUGCUUGGCAAUUGAUUUCGAAGCAGCUGUCGCGGCUGUCGGGGUUCAAACUGUCGGGGCUGAGGCCGUUGGGAUCUGGACUUUCGGGGUCUGAGCUGUCGGGAUCGACAGUGCCGGGGUCUACACCCUCGGGGCUUAUUUUUCGAAACUGUCGGGGCCGAAGCCCUUUGAAUGGGUCUCAGCUUUCGGGGCUUAAACUGUCGGGGCUUGGGUUAGAAUCCAUCUAAGCCAUAAUUGCUGGGCCCCAAGCCAUCGGGAUCCGAUCGCCCAAACCGUCGGCCCCUAAGCAGUCGGCAUUUAGACAGGGUGUGCGGCUUUUAAAUUAGCGGGGCCGGUGCCGUCGGGACUUAAUUUUAACCAAAGAGGCCGCAGAAAAAAUGUAAGCGCCGGCCGGGACCUAAGCUAAAGCACCCAUCGGGGCCCAAACAAACUGUCGGGGUCCAAACCAUCCAUCGGGGUGCAGGCUCUCGGGGUCUUAGCCAUCGGGACCUACUAGGCGACUUUUUUUUUUGGGGUGGGGGUGGCGUUUUUUUUUUUGGAGCGUGCAAGGCUUGAGAGCGUUAUUUAGAAGAUCGCUAAGGACCGACGAGCUCAGUCCAAGUGUUGACGAGUGGGUCUUGUUUGCGGUUCUACCUGUGAAGAUCAGCGCGGCACCGGUUCCCGAAGUUUUGUCGAAUUGUACUCCUCUCUGAAAGCACCAAGCCCACCGCCCUCCUCAAGGUCAGUCACCGCGCCACUGCGUUAUUUCCCUCCAUGAUCCCGAACCGCAGCACAUUUGCCUAGCCGCGGAGCCAUUUGGGCCCACCGUCAUCGGACGAUUACAGGAGCCCGCGGGCCUUCGCGUUUUCUUUUCCCCUUCCUCCCUUAUCUCGCACGCUGGCUCGGUGCUCGCGACGCUUCCAUCCUUGUGUUGUGUCGCUGGCGCUGACACUUACCACCCUCCCAGCACACUAAUAUCGAGGGCGGGGAGCUCGUGGUCUUCGUUGUCUUUCAGGCUGUGAAAAGUUUAGGCUUGUGUAGUAGCUUUUUGGCAGGUGUUGCUAGUCUCAAUACCUUGGAGGUCACCGGCUUAGUUAUGUAAGCGCUUUGUGACCUAUAGGAGGUAAGCAUUUUUAUCGUUCGCGAUAUGUUCUUGUUGUCUGCUGGUGUUGGUUUGAUUAAGUGAAGAUCUUGAUGGGGGCUGGCCAUAAAGGCGUUCCAGUACGUUCGACUCGUAGUCUGAAUGAUCCACUACGCGAAGAACUGGAGAAAAUAACCGAGGCGAGUAUCUAUUUCAAUGGCGAGGCGGCUCAGAGUGUUGUCAGUCUGGUAUUCUUGAAUCAAAUGAGAGUGGUUAUUGUGGGUUCCCGUACCACAUUGAUUCACAUCGUAGCUCCUUCAGUGGAAUAAUGCAUGUCAAAGAUAAACACAAUGUUAAAAGUAAAAAGCUCUCGCCUACUACUCCACUCAUUUUCAGCGCGAUGCCGGACACGAUGAGCAUAAGUCUCUUGGUUGGUGCGCUCGUGCUCAGCUGUGGUAUUCGGCGCUGGAUGGAAAGGCUGAGCGCAUGCCCGUCUAUUUACGGCUGACGAGCGCGAGCGCUGAUAAUGCGCCGACCUUCAAACUCAAGAAGAAACGAAUGAAAAUAUGUACCGACGGAUUACCUACACUCAGCGACAGACAAGAAGAGUGUCGCAAAAGUUGCCACGUCGACAUGGACGUGGCAGGAGAAUCUGAUGUACUUAUUUCUUGAAAUUCUCGACAUUCAAGUUUAUUUAUAUUUUCUUCCAGAUGAAGUACGUACUAGGAGUGCUACUCCUGUUUGUACCAAAUUAGUGGAGUCUCUCUUGCGUAGGUCAUCGUGGUUACCCCUCUCUCCUAUCCUACAGGAACAGGUACAGCACAUACAGGAGCAGCUGAGUUACUAUACACCGGACACGUGGCGCUUAUAUGAUCCAGACAUUAAUGAUCCGGCCGACGGUAAUUCGUUUUGCAAACAGUGUUGCGAGGUUGAUGUAAAAGAAACAUGUUCUUCCAGAUUCCAGGACGAGACCGGCAACAACGGGGACAACAGAAAUGCUGUGUGUGAGAAAAGCUGCAAGACCAAAGGCGUGACAGGAAGAUCUGAGGUACUUAUUUAACUUCUCCUGGUAUUCAAGUUCUUAAACAAACUCCUGAAGGUCUUUAAAAAUGCAAUAUUACAUACUUAGAUACGAGAUACCGAUGGCGAUGCAGUUUUGUUGGAUAAUGUUUUCUUGGCGGACGUGGAACGAACAACUGGUAGGCCCAGAUUGAACCUGGUUAGGAAACAACUGGAAGCCACGUCCAGGAAGUAUGGAGACUGGAUCUUCAGUCAUCAGCAUUACACUUCUGUUGCCAAAUUAUUUAUUGUGUCUUAACUGUCAAUGUCCUCCCUGUCUUCUAUCAUACAUGAUCAGGAGCAGCUCUCCGACGGAGGGCAGCCGACUACAUUCAGUCCAGCCCAGACGAAUUUUCCCAACAAGCUUUUUCCUCCAGAAGACCGAGGCACCUUCUGCGAAAAGUGUUGCUUGCACCGCGAUGUGCAUUGCACCGAUUCCGAUUUUUAUACUUGCGAGAGCUGCAGAGAAAUAUUUUCAAAAGGAUAUUAUGUUGAUACGACACCGAUCAUGAAAAAGACGGAAGGAGAGCAGGUAAAAGUAUGAUUUGUUUGUUUUUACAACUGCUUGACCAUUAAUAUAUAUAAUGCACCAUGAUAUCUUCGAGCCUAAGCAAUGUGCUAUCAUACAUAGUAUUACCUCGCGCUAGGCAUAUUCAUUCAAGCAGCCCAUAAGUUGAUUUACAGUUGGAUCCCAAAGUUGAUGAUGCCUGACAAUAAUCUUUUUUGAUUCGCUUACAACACAGGUCAUGAGUUGGAAUACAGAGGACGGUGAAGAGGGAUUUUGCAAGAAGUGCUGCCAAGCUGAAAAAAAGUGUAGCCAGGUGUGGCUCCCCAAUCGUGAGGCCAGGGUUUGCGUGUCGAAAUGUGGUCAGGCCUUCACCUCUUUUAUUAAAUCUGACAGCACGAAGGCAAGCACGAGCACAACGGUAUUGCCUAUCUCGUGUUCCUCGAAGGACAAAGAGACUAUAGUCUCUACUACAACGAAGGAAAAUGUCAAUAACCUGAUGAAAUAUAAUUUACUUAUUCAUAGAUACGUAUAUCUGUGUACUAUAGGACUAGUACAGACUAAACGUCGUACGCGAGAACACUACAACUAAUUUGUCGGAGAAAUUUUGGUAUACGACUCGUCUCGGGGAAAUUUCUCCGUCUGUUUCAGCAUUCUCAAUCAUUUCAUUUACAGGAAGUGGUAGAAAGAUCUUUCCGCGAGGAUUAUGCAAACGGUGGAAAUGCUGACAGCACAUUUUGCAAAGACUGCUGUGAUGCAUCCGCAUCACCGGAGGCAUCAAGCGCGAGUACACUCGAGCUCAAGAAUCAGGAUGUCGCAAGAUCGAUAUUUGGUAUCGACGGGGAGGAGUUUGUUCGGAGCCAGACCGAAGACUUUCUUCUGGUAUAG